AUGUCGGAUGCAGGAGAACAUCCACUAGAAGAAACAGAAGAAGAUGGGGAAACAGAGAUGGAAGAAGAUUAUAAUUAUAGAGGAAUGGAAAGUAUGCAACAGGAAUUAAAAGAAGAUGACAUAUUAGUAUGGAGAGAGCCUCAGCAGGAGGAAAAGGAGAGGGGGGAGGAAGAAGGAGAGGAAGAAGGGGAAGAGGCAGAGGAAUGGGAAAAGGAGAAGGGGGAGAUAGAAGGGAAGGAGGCUGCAGGAGUACAGGAAGAAACCAUGGUGAAGCUCGGAGAAAUCACCAAAUCCAUGGUCAAUUUGGAGAGACUUACAUCGACUCGCUCCCAGUCAAUCAUGUCUGGAACUUUCCUACCCUCAAGCGAGCCUACAGAGAAAAUUGACCAGAUGCCCCAAGACGAACUGGGACAAGAAAGGAGAGACUUGGACCUGGGAAAGGAAGAAAAAAGAUUAUCAUCCGUAAGUGAGGAAGAAGAAAAAGAAUUCCCGCCCAAAGCAGAGAUCCUGGAGAGUUCACUGGUAUCCACCAGUGAGGACAUUUUGUUCCAAAAGGAUUACAGUGCCAAUGUUUACCCUUUGACCAUGACUUGGUCUUUCGGAUGGAACAGUUCUCUUCCGGUUUACUAUAUUCGAGACGAAAACCAGAGAGUUCUUCUUUAUGUCUGUGCUCACACUGCAGUCAUCUACAAUGUUUUCAAGAAUACUCAGCACCAUCUUCAGGGCCACCUUAAUGUGAUCUCCUGCCUUUGCAUCAGUGAAGAUAGGCGGUGGAUUGCCACGGCUGACAAGGGGCCCAACUGCCUAAUAAUUAUAUGGGAUUCCUUCACAGGCAUUCCUGUGCACACAAUAUUUGACAGCUGUCCAGAAGGCAAUGGCAUUGGGUCCAUAGCCAUCACCCGGGACGCCAAGUAUCUGGCAACCAUCUCAGAUGCUGAAAUCCAGAAAGUUUGCAUCUGGAGGUGGACCUUAGCAGUGGAAACGCCAGCGUGUACUCUUGACCUUCCCAAAGAGUAUGGCUUUCAGAACUACCUUACUUUUAAUCCAACAAAUAAUAAAGAAUUGGUGAGCAAUAGUAAAACACAGGCAAUUUAUUAUUUGUGGUAUGAAGAGAGAGAUAUACUUGCUCACAGUGCCCCAUGUUUAACAGAAAAAACAUUCAACAAGCUUGUGGGAAAAUUUAGCCAGACAGUCUUUCACUUGAAUUUAACACAAAUACUCUCAGCAACAAUGGAAGGGAAGCUGGUUGUCUGGGACAUACACCGCCCGUCAUCAUCUGCCUCCACCUCUGUGGGCUUUCCUCAAAUCAAACCUUGUAAAUUGGUUCAUUUGCAGAAAGAGGGCAUCACUGUUCUUACUACAGUUGAUAGCUACAUUGUCACAGGUGAUAUUAGAGGUAACAUUAAGUUCUACGAUCACAACCUGUCCAUUGUUAACUGGUACAGCCACUUCAAACUCAGCUCCAUAAGGACUCUGUCCUUUUCAAAGACUCCAGCGGCUCCACCCACCGAAAAAUCAAACUAUCCUCCAGACUGCACUCUAAAAGGUGACUUUUUUAUUGUGAGGAAUUUUAUCAUUGGAACAUCUGAUGCAACAGUGUAUCACUUAACGACAGAUGGGACCAAACUUGAGAAGUUAUUCGUGGAACCCAAGGAUGCCAUUUGUGCCAUCUCCUGCCACCCAUAUCAACCCCUCAUCGCCAUUGGGAGUUUCUGUGGGAUGAUCAAAGUGUGGGAUUAUGAAAAGAAAAAAUACCUUUUCAGCAGGGUCUUCGAGAAGGGGCUUGGUGUCCAGAGUCUAACCUACAAUCCUGAAGGAGUCCUUCUUGGAGCUGGCUUCACUGAGGGGACAGUUUACAUUCUUGAUGCAAUGUCCUUAGAAAACCAAAUCCCAGAGCCUUUCAAAUAUUCCAGAACAAAUGUCACUCACAUCAGCUUCUCCCAUGACUCCCAGUACAUGGCAACCGCUGAUGUGCGUUUCACUGUGGCCGUUUACAAGGUGAUAGUAAAAAAUGGACACCGGGUCUGGGAAUACCUGGCAAGGCUUCGAUCUCAUCGCAAAAGCAUCUGCAGUCUCCUGUUUGGGGUUCAACUGGACAGCAAUGAGCCGAGACUGUUAAGCCUUGGGAAAGAUAGGCUCUUGAUUGAGUAUAAUCUUCUUAGGAGCCGCAAAGACAACCUGGAAGUCUUGGACAUUCACCGAACCGACCAGGGCAACUAUCCCACCUGUAUGGUCUGGUACCCACCACUCACCAAGGAACUCUUCCUGCUCGUUUGCAACAGUGGCUACAAAGUGAAACUUUUUAAUUCUAUCACAAAAAUGUGCAGAAAGACGCUUCUUGGGCCAGUGUUUGGUUCUCCAAUUGAGCAGAUACAAAUCCUUCCAGUGAAAACCACUUUGGAACUGCAGAAACGCUACGUGGUGUUUAUUAACAGAGACAAGGUUGGACUUCAGAUCUUACCAGUUGAUGGCAAUCCACAUAAAACAUCUGCUAUCGUAUGCCACCCAAGUGGGGUGGCAGGAAUGGCCCUUUCCUACGACGGCUGCUAUGCCUUCACGGCUGGAGGACAGGAUCGGUCGGUGGUGCAGUGGGAAGUCAAUGUAAGUGCCCUGGAGGCAGCAGUUUCUCUUGGGGGUGAAGACUUGACCCCAUUCUAUGGUCUGGUGGCUGGUGGCAGGGAAGGAAAAUUCUACAGGGAGCUGGAAGACUAUUUUUACUAUUCUCAGCUCCGUAGUCAAGGUAUUGAUACAAUGGAGACCAGAAAGGUGUCGGAACACAUUUGCCUGUCAGAGCUUCCUUUUGUCAUGAGAGCAAUUGGCUUUUACCCAUCGGAAGAAAAGAUUGAAGAUAUGUUUAAUGAAAUCAGAUUUAGUGAGUAUGUGGAUACUGGGAAGCUAAUAGACAAAAUCAAUUUACCGGAUUUCUUCAAAGUUUACCUUAAUCACAGACCACCUUUUGGUAACACCAUGAGCGGCAUCCAGCAUAGCUUUGACAUUCUUGGUUUUACCAAUUCAAAAGGAAAGAAGGUCAUACGAAGAGAAGAUUUCCUGAAACUGCUUCUAACAAAAGGUGAGCACAUGACAGAAGAGGAGAUGCGUGACUGCUUUGCUACCCUGUUUGGACUGAAUCCUGAGGGGUGGAAGUCCGAGCCUGCAGCCUCCUCUGUCAAAGGUUCAGAAAUCUGCUUUGAAGAAGAACUUCCAGACGAAAUCACUGCAGAAAUAUUCACAACUGACAUUCUUGGCCUAACCAUUUCACAAGAUUUCAGACAAGAUCCUACGGUCAGUGAAGUUGUAAAGAAUGUUUGAAGCACAAAGGACUUUGUGUGUGGGUUUUUUUUUUCCCCCAAGAAGCACUGCUUUCCCUGCAUUUCCCUGCCCCCACUCUAAUCUUUGGAACA